AUGGCCAGACUGGUUGGUUUCGACUUCAAAGGUCAGCAGAAAAUUGAGGAAAUUGAAAGUCUUCCCAUUGCUGAGGUUGAACACCUUGUCCCACUUCAGGGAAAUCAGGUUAUUAAAGCCCAGAUCAAGGAAUUAGCAAUUCCCCAAUAUAAGCUUGUUGUGACUGUUCACAUUGGACAACAGAAUGGCCAGAGCAUACUUAUUGGAAGCAGAUGCCUUUGGAAUCCUGAAAGUGAUACAAUUUCAUCUGUUUUCAGAGAUUAUUCUCUCUUUGCUCUUGCAAAUGUCUAUGCAGUUUACUUUGAGUGA